GUCAUCCGCACCUGCCCGUCCCCUCGCCUGCAAGAUCGGCAAGCUCCCGCGUAUCAGCGCUGGGGCCCUCGGCGACGCCCGGGCUCUCUUCGACGACGUCAAGACUCCCUCACGCCCCUUCGCGUCGCCUCCGAGACUGACGAAAUGGCCAUCUCGACGUCGAAAAAUCGCGUUGGGUCCCCGCGCGAGCGCGGAGUCGCGGCUACUCGUCGUGAGUCUAGAGGCGAGACCGCUUACCUGUCGUGAGUCAGCGACGUGGUCAGCGCAGAAUGAGCCAAUUCAGAGCGCAGGAUGGCGCCGGGUCGCCGCGCAAGCGCGGUACGUGGCCUUGGCUCUACCGAUAUUGCUAACAUCUCGCCUCCCCCGAGCCCCUCCCACCCGCCGCAAAGGGAGGGGAGAAAGGGGGAGGAGGAGGGAGGGAGGGGGAGGAGAGGGGGAGGAGAGGGGGAGAGGGGGAGAGGGGGAGAGGACGGUGCUGUGAGAGCGAAAGUAGCCACGUAAAAUAGCGAAAAUCGCGUAGCUUAAGCGCUCGCUCCGCUCGCGCGCGCAAAGGGGAGGUGGAGCUCCUGCCCGCGCGAAAAACGGGCGAUUCGGCAAUUGCCGAACGGUCCCAAGGGCGGAGGGGCAGGCGGCGGGGUUGGGGAACGUGUAGCGAGCAAACGAGGACGGUGGUUGAGGACGAGC